GGGAGAACUCGGAGAUUCAUGAUAAAGCCUUAGAAAGGGACGGAAUUGAGGGUUGCAUUAAAGACGAGAAUGGAGUUUAUACUUGCGUAAAUGGCGAGAAUUACGAUGAAAAAGCAAACGAGGGGAUUAAUAUGAAACAUAGAGUCGAGUAUAAAUCCAUAUUGAAGUACUGCGAGAAUGUUAAAAGACAGUUGAACACAUUUAGCAAUAUUUUCUAG